AUGGACUUGCUGUCUGGAACCUACCUCUUGGCAGUCUUAUUAGCCUGUAUUGUAUUGCAAUCUGGCGCACAGGAGAAGAAUUAUACCGUGCGGGAAGAACUGCCUGAAAAUGUCCUCAUUGGCAAUUUACUCAAGGAUCUUAACCUAACACUGGACCCAGAUGUGCCCCUGUCCUCACCGCUGCAGUUCAAGCUUGUGUAUAAGACUGGGGAUGUGCCAUUGGUACGGGUGGAGGAGAACACCGGUGAGAUUUUCACAGCUGCGAACCGCAUAGACCGAGAGAAGCUGUGCUCUGGCAUCUUUAGUGAGAAUCGCUGCUUUUACGAGGUGGAGGUUGCUGUUUUGCCUGAUGAAGUCUUCAGACUGGUUAAGAUAAGAUUCCUAAUAGAGGAUAUAAAUGACAAUGCCCCUCUCUUUCCCUCAACAGUUAUUAAUAUCUCUAUCCCUGAAAACACAGCAAUUAAUUCUCGCUAUUCUGUUCCAUCUGCCAUCGAUCCUGACAUUGGUGUGAAUGGUAUUCAACAUUAUGAAUUACUUAAGCCCAAAACAGCUCCGAAAAGGACUUUUGGAUCCAUUACAAAUGAUCAGGGUCAAAACGUAUUUGGUCUUGAUAUAACUGAGACACCUGAAGGAGAUAAGUGGCCUCAACUGAUUGUCCAACAGAUCCUGGAUAGGGAACAGAAGGAUACCUAUGUGAUGAAAAUUAAAGUUGAGGACGGUGGAAGCCCUCCAAGAUCUAGCACUGCCAUCCUCCAAGUCACAGUGACUGAUGUGAAUGAUAAUCGCCCAGUCUUCAAAGAGAAUGACAUUGAAGUCAGUGUCCCAGAAAAUGCUCCAGUGGGCACCUCUGUUUCUCAGCUCCAUGCCACUGAUGCGGACUUGGGCUCAAAUGCACAAAUCCACUUCUAUUUCAGCAAUCAGAUCUCCAGUUUGGCCAAAAGGCUGUUUGCCAUAGAUAACACCACUGGUCUCAUCACUAUAAGGGAACCACUAGAUAGGGAGGAAUCUCCUGUACACAAAUUGACUGUUUUGGCAAGUGAUGGCAGUUCAACUCCAUCAAGAGCAACAGUGACUGUUAACGUUACAGAUAUUAAUGACAAUGUCCCAUCAAUAGACACGAGAUACAUCAUCAAUCCAGUGAAUGGGACAGUGCUUUUGUCUGAGAAGGCUCCCCUUAAUACGAAAAUUGCAUUGAUAACAGUAAUGGACAAGGAUGCCGAUCUGAAUGGAAAAGUUACUUGUUUUACAGAUCAUGAUGUUCCUUUUAGGCUAAAGCCCGUGUUUGAUAAUCAGUUUCUUCUGGAGACAGCUACGUUUUUAGAUUAUGAAGCCACACGGGAAUAUGCCAUUAAAAUAGUGGCUUCAGACUCAGGGAAACCUCCCUUAAACCAGUCUGCAAUGCUCCUCAUCAAAAUAAAAGAUGAGAAUGACAAUGCCCCGGUUUUUACACAGCCCAUCAUAGGUCUUUCCAUCCCUGAAAACAAUGCUCCUGGUACUCAGCUAACCAAGAUAAGUGCUACAGAUGCUGACAGUGGGCGCAAUGCUGAGAUCAGCUAUAUCCUGGGUUCUGAUGCACCCCCUAUUUUCAACCUUGACCGCCGUACAGGUAUUCUGACAGCAGUGAGAAAGCUGGAUAGAGAAAAGCAAGACAGGUACUCCUUCACUGUGCUGGCUAAGGAUAAUGGGAUACCACCCUUGCAGACCAAUGCUACUGUGACAGUGUCUGUCCUGGACCAGAAUGAUAACAGCCCUGCUUUCACACACAAUGAAUACAAUUUCUAUGUACCGGAAAAUUUACCCAUGUACGGCACAGUGGGGCUUAUCACAGUUACAGAUGCUGACUCAGGAGAGAAUGCUGCGGUUACUCUCUCUAUAUUAAAUGGUAGAGAUAAUUUCAUUAUAGAUCCACUUACUGGUGUAAUAAGACCUAAUAUUACCUUUGAUAGGGAACAGCAGGGGUCAUAUACUUUCCAGGUGAAAGCUGUGGAUGGAGGAAGAGUGCAGCGUUCCUCAACUGCCAAAGUGACCAUCAAUGUUGUUGAUGUAAAUGACAACAGGCCUGUUUUUGUUAUUCCUUCAUCUAAUUAUUCAUAUGAGUUGGUUCCAAUAUCAGCCAGUCCAGGGUCUGUAGUUACUAAAGUCUUUGCAGUUGAUAAUGACACAGGAAUGAAUGCAGAGCUCCGCUAUAGCAUUAUAGGUGGGAACUCACGGGGCUUGUUCACAAUUGACCAGUUAACAGGCAAUAUAACUUUGAAAGAGAAGGUAAUCACAUCAGAUCAUGGCUUGCACAGACUGGUGAUAAAAGUCAAUGACCUAGGACAACCCGAGUCUCUUUACACUAUAGCUCUUGUGCAUUUAUUUGUCAAUGAGACAGUCACCAACAGUUCCUACAUACAAGAGCUAGUGCGCAGGAAUAUGGAAACUCCAGUUGGCCAGAAUGUUGGGGAUGGGGAGAUAACCCCACAAACCAAUGAUUAUGUCAAGAUCAUCAUUGCUAUUAUUGCAGGCACUAUGACAGUUAUUCUGGUAAUUUUUGUUACUGCUUUAGUACGGUGCCGCCAGACACCUCGGCACAAGGUUGUCCAAAAAAACAAGCAGAGUGGUGAAUGGGUUUCCCCAAACCAAGAGAAUAGGCAGAUCAAGAAAAAGAAGAAGAAGAAGAAACGCUCUCCAAAAAGUCUCCUCCUCAACUUUGUGACUAUUGAAGAAUCUAAGCCUGAUGAUCCUGGCCACGAGCACAUAAAUGGCACUUUAGACAUUCCUGUAGAGCUAGAAGAGCAGACUAUGGGAAAGUAUAACUGGGCCACCACCCCAACCACAUUUAAGCCUGAUAGCCCAGAUUUAGCAAAGCACUACAAGUCUGCUUCUCCGCAGCCUACCUUUCAAAUUAAACCUGAGACUCCUGUACCCCCCAAGAAGCAUCAUGUCAUUCAGGAACUGCCUCUAGAUAACACCUUUGUGGUGGGCUGUGACUCACUUUCCAAGUGCUCAUCAAGCAGCUCAGACCCUUACAGUGUUUCUGAAUGCAGCUGUCAAGGAGGCUUCAAGACCCCAGGACCCAUACACACCAGACAGCUCUGAACGCCAUCGCAUCUGAUGUUAUAUACUGAAGUCGUACGUGUACACAAUGAUGUUAAGCCAGCAAACAUGAAAACAAGGAAAUAGCACGAGAAAGCCCUUUGUCCUGUCUCUGAUUGCCGAAGAAAUUUAUCGUCUGAUCUCCAGAGGGGUUUGGAAGUGACGAUGAACUGUUCAAGCUGCCCUACUGAAAGGUAUCCAGGGCAAGAAUUUUUUAAAAAGCAAAGACAGAGAUUUUAGUACGUUGUGCUAUAGUGUUCUAUAAUGUAGUUUUGCUAAGAAAAAAAGUAAUGUGACCCAUCCUUCUGCACAAUUGGUGAUUUUGGUAAAUCUAUUUUGCUUGUAAUCAUCCUCUUGUCCCAGUUUUCUUUUUUUUCUUUAUUUAUUUUAGUUGAAACAAUUAGGAACUUUGUUUCUAUAAAUAUAUUAAAGGGAGCAAUAAAUUUUAUUCAUACAUUAAGAAGAGAAUGUAAAGUUCUUUAUACUCCCUGCAUUUAAAAUAAAACCAAAUUGUUGUCACUUAUAGCACCAUUAUCCAUGUUAAGAAUUAAGUGUUAUUUAUAUCUAUACCAUAAUAUUUUUAAUGAUGAUAUUGCUGCUAUGGAUCAUAAAUAGAAUUGAUCAAAUCACUGCUUUCUCAUUUUAUAGGCACAGUAGUAGUAGUAAAAAAUGAGUACUUCCUGCUUUCUUAUCCACAACAUUUUGUAAUAAAUAAAUGAUCACCUUUUAAAUAACUGGAAAGUAUUCACUUAACUUUCAAAAAUAAAAUCCGAUUUGCUUGCUGAAGUCUGGCUAAUGUGUGUGUAAAACUGCCAUAUGUUUAACCUUUUGAAGUACUUUUAUUUAAAACAAGAAAGUCCUGAGUCCAUUGACUUGGUUUUCGGUGUGAUAAAAUAGGAGAGAGCAUACGUCAUUUUUUCACUGUUAGCCAGCACACGGGGAAGAAAACGGCCUAAUGCUGGUUCCCUCCUCUCCCCCCACCAAUUAUUUCUCUAUGUAGUUAACUUUUUAAAAAUUCAAGUUUUCUACGUGAUAAUUUGUUAUUCAGCACGGCUCAUCAAAAAUAAAAUCUGAGUCUUGUAGCUUUGUUUGCAGGUUGGUUGCAGGUUCUUGUAUAUUGCCUCACCUUUUAGGGAGUAAUGCUUAAUAUAUAUCAUCUAUUAUAUUAGAAUUUCAUAUGCAAGGUGAAAUCUUUUAGGAAGCAAAGGAGUAUAAAGAACCCUGUUUUCUGCACUUAUAUAAAGACAUGUAAUAUUAGUUUGCUAGAAUAAAAUGAAAUACAGACACUGCUUUUAACUGGGAUGUAUACAGUAUAUAUAACUUUCUUUUAAAGAAAAAAUUAUUAAUGAUUCAUGAAUUAGACUACAACAUGGAAUUCUUACACAUUAGUAUAUGUUUGAUGUAAAGAUAUUUAUAGGCUUGUACUUAAUAAUCACGUUGCCUCAGUUCUUGGACUGCAGAAUGUCUACCAUGACUGUUGCCUAUAGUUUGCUCCACAUUUGCUAUCUGGCUCUUUUAAAAAUGUGUAUUUGGCUAUUUGAUCUGUAAAAUAAAUCCUAUUAAUGAUGAAGUA